GUGGGCGAUACCGGGCUGGUCUGAUCAUCUGUCCCCGGCUUUGAGGAGCAAUUCUCAGCUUGCGUCAAGACAAGACGGACUAUUCACCGUUUGUGUCCAUUGUAUUGUUUGAAUAUCGCACUAUUAUAGCAUGGACGGCAGAAGCUACAGCUCCGGUUACUCCAGCUGGGGAGGGAGUGGAGGCUCAGGCAGCAGAGGUUCUAGUGGCUUUGACAUGUACGGAGGAGGCUACAAGGACUCAAUGUCUGGGCUUGGCGGCUAUGGAGGAGGAGGAGGAGGAGGAGGCGGUGGCGGCGGCGGCGGCGGCCACCACCACAUGAAGAGAGGGCUCUCGGGAUCCUCUCUGCUCUCAUCUUCAGGCACGCAUGCAGAUGCAGUAAUUGCCAAGAUUAACCAGCGCCUGGAUAUGCUCACUCAGUUGGAGGGGGGACUGAAAGGUUCGCGGGGUGACAGGUAUGACCAGUACGAGUCAUUCGACUCACGCACCUCCUCUCUCACCUCCUCCCGAGAUCUCUACAGAUCUGGCGGCAGUAGCUAUGGUUUUGGUGAUGGCCGUGGGGACAGCAUGCUGUUGGGUCAGCGAGGAGGCUCAGGCUUCGGAGGGGGAUUUGGGCUAGGGGGGGGAGGCAGCUUUGACAGCCCCUCCUCUUCCUAUGGAGUCGCUAAAAUGCGACAGAAUAUGAGAGACUCCUUCGGCAGUGCCCAGGGAGGAGGUUCUGGAGGUGGAGGAUGGGCCGGAGCAGGCCGACGUUCCCCCAGAAGGGGUGGAAGUGCCGGGGGUCGAGGAGCUGGAGGAGGGUUUGGAAGCCGCAGAUCUGACCCCACUCCAUUAGGCGGAGGAGGUUUGCGGGGAAGUGGCAGUGGUGGCCAGUCCCACCGCGGCCACUCUCCAGGAGGUGGUAGAGGAAAGCUCCCAUCCCUCCUGUCCAACCGCAUGUACCCUGAGAGUGGGGGCUUCCAGGGUUCUACUCAAGGGCCUCACGACUUUCCUGGGAGGCAUUUUGGAGGGGGCCCACGGGCUGGCCGCCAGCGAGGCCGCAAGAGACCCCUCAACAAACAGAUGAAGCCACAACGCGAUGGUCAGAAGAAGAGAAAGCAGUCCCUCACUGCAGCCGAUGAGCCCGAGUCAAAAAUUAACAAGACAGAGAGCGCAGAGUCAGACGCUGCGCAAGAACAACCACAGAAGAACGGAGACGACGGUGAACCAAAGACUGUUACUGCGGAGGAAAAACAGUCUGAAGAUGGAGAUAAAGCAGCAUCCAAACAGGAGGAGAAGAAGAAGCCGCAGGUUAAACCAAACCCAGCUCAAGGUCAAGACAAGCACCCGAAAAUGAGGAAGAGGAGGGGAUUCCUGGAAAGGGUGAUGUUUGCAUGUUCUGUCUGCAAGUUCCGUUCGUUCUACAAGGAAGAAAUGGAAACUCAUCUCGAGAGUCGCUUCCACAAAGAACACUUUAAGUUCCUCUCUGGCCAGUUGUCCAAGCCCACCACAGACUUCUUACAGGAGUACUUGCAAAACAAGUUUAAGAAGACUGAAGAGAGAGUCAGCCAGUUGGAAAACCACAGUGCAGCCAUCUGCCAAGUGUACAAAGAGCAGGAUGUUACCAGGGAUCUCGGUAUGGAGCACUUCAUGAGGAAGGUGGAAGCUGCUCACUGUGCAGCUUGUGACCUCUUCAUUCCUAUGCAGCCUCACCUGAUACAGAAACACAUCAAGUCUCCAGACCACAACUACAACCGCAAGGGUAUGAUGGAGCAGUCUAAGCGGGCCUGUCUUUCAGUGGCUCGUAGCAUCCUAAACCACAAACUAAUUGGCAAGAAACUGGAGAGCUACCUCAAGGGCGAAAACCCGUUCACUGGAAACCAGGACGACCAGGAUCCGGAGGACUCCAUGGUGAUGGACGUGUCCGAACUGGAGUUAACCAGCGAGGCAGCGGACGGUCAGACAGACGUGGCACCAGUCAACGAUGAGCCUGCGGCCGAGGGAGAGUCGAGUAAAGAGGCAGUCGAGGGGGAAGCUGCAACAGAAGCUGCAACAGAAGCUGCAGAAGCUGAAGCUGAUGAAUCAACAGCGGCGGCAGCGGCAGGAGAUGAGGAAGAGCAGGAAAAGAUGGAGGAGCAGGAAAACCAGGAAGAGGAGGAAGGUUUUGAAGUUGGAGAGGACGAAGAGGAUGAGGGAUACAUGCUGCACGAUGAGAUCGGCGAAGAGGGAUUACAGUGCGCCCUGGGAGACGAGGAAGGAGAGGACGGAGUAGAUGGCAAGGAGGAAGAUGACAAGGAAUGACUUUUGUGCCGUAUUUGUGAUUUUUCCACCUGAACAUCUCUCUGGACCAGUCGAUGACCCCCCCCCGGACCCGUUCAGUUUAAUAACCAGGCGUAUUUAAGAACUGUAUGCCUGCUUCCAUCAUUUUUCACUGUCAAAUGACUCUGAUCUAAUGUUGUUUUAUUUUGCUUAAAGACAUAGUUCCACAUUUUUGGGUACUACAGUUAAUUACGUUUUCGCUGAGAUUUUGAUGUCAGUGCGUAACUCUUGUGUUUUGUUUGUCUGUCAAUCUCUCCAGAGAGGUUGGCAGGCGUUUAUAUGGACUUCAGAGAGGGCCGGGCAAGUUGUUACUCCUUCUCCUGUCUUAAUGCUAAGCUGUUCACCUCGUUACUCUAGCUCCAUACUUAACUCCAGACAUGAGUGGUAAUAACUUUUCGUUUAAAACCUAGAAAGAAAACAGUUGAGCAUACUUCUAAACAUGUGUCUCAAUAUUUUUGUGCCUUUUGUUUUGUAAGUAGUUCUUAACUUGGAUAAACUGUUUAGUUAUGGUUAAGUAUCGUAAUGCGGAGAUGUUGUGUGUACAAUUUUAUUUAAGGUUCACACAAUGCGGUCCAUUGCCAAUAUUGAUCAUGGCAAAUGGAUGAUUUUCCAACGUUCAGGUGAAAUCUCAAACAACGCAAACUUCUUACUGUGCUGUUGGGAUAAAUUCAAUCAUUGUCAACAGAAUAAGUUUGGGAUAUUCUGGAUAUGUGUAUUAUACCAGUUUUGUUCCACUCGGCACAACAAAUAAACUUGGUGAAUAAGUUA